ACACCACAGACUACCCCUCAUAUCUUAGACGUCAUCACCAUCAACAUAAUUCUAUAGACACUUCUCAUUUUCAAACUUUAUCAUGGCCAUCACUGCUCAGGGCCGUAACGUCGCCAUCAUUGGCGCCAGUGGCCAAGUCGGAAGACCCCUCAUCGCAACGCUCCUCAACAGCGGCGUCCACACCAUCACCGCACUCCAGCGCCCCGAUGCUACGAGCUCAUUCCCUACCGGGGUCACUGUUAUUACGGGAGACCUGGCCAACCAAGAAUUCCUCGAGUCCUCACUCAAAGGCCAAGAUGCCCUCGUGCUUAUGCCCCCGCUGUCACACCUCGAGGCGCUCCAAGAACCAGCCAUCCGCGCAGCCGCCAAGGUCAGCGUUCCGUACAUCUUGCCGUCAGAGUUCGGCCCAGACCCCUUUGCUACCGAUCUUAUUCGUGAAAACGGCCUGCUUCAAGCCAAGAAGCGCGUGAGGGAUCUCAUUGAGCAAUUGGGUGUUAGCAGCUGGGUAUCGAUUGCUGUUGGCCCGUGGGUGGACUUUGGACUGGGUCCGGGGCUCUGGGGUAUCGAUACAAAGGCGAAGACUGCGCGAGUCUGGAAAGGCGCAAAUGGGAGAGUGAGUACGGCAAGCAUUCAACAUACAGGCGAGGCGGUUGGGGCUGUACUUGGGCUGCCGGACGAGGAGCUGGCCAAGUUGAAGAACAAGGCUGUAUAUGCGGCUUCGUUCCACAUCUCCCAGAGAGACCUAUGGAAGGCCACAGUGGAAGCAAUGGGAUCACGAGAAGAUGAAUGGACGGUGUUGGAGAGAGACGUGAGAGAUGUGGAAGCUGAGUACGAGGAAGGUAUUGCCAGGGGAGAUGAGCAGGCCCCGUACGUCAAGUUUUAUGUGCAGCAUUUCUUGGAUGGGAGAGGUGGUGAUUUUGAGAACAAGACAGAUGAACGGCUGUUAGCUAUGCUGUACGAUUGGGAUUGAAGAGAGAAGAUCUCCAACAGACCCUUACAGAGGCUCUGGCGAAGAUCUGACAUUUGAAAUCUGUUUUUCAGCGGAGAACGUGUAGCGGAUCAGCUUUUACAAGAAAUAAUAUAUGUACCAUUUUGCUA